CACUGUCUCUUGUUUCCCACAAUGCUCAGCGAACAUCACCACCAAGAUGGCUGACGCUAUGGAGGAAUAUGAGAAAGAAGCUGGCUGCGUCCCUAUUCUCCAUCCUGAGGAAAUCAAACCCCAGAGUCAUUACAACCACGGCUACAGCGAGAAUGUCAGCCGUAAAAACCAUGUGGACGACUACAGCACCUGGGACAUUGUCAAAGCCACACAGUACGGAAUCUUUGAGCGCUGCAGGGAGCUGGUGGAGGCGGGCUUUGACGUUCGGCAGCCAGACAAAGAAAACGUAACACUCCUCCACUGGGCCGCCAUCAACAACAGGAUAGACUUGGUCAAGUACUACAUAUCAAAGGGAGCCAUAGUUGACCAGCUGGGAGGAGACCUAAACUCCACACCUCUGCACUGGGCCACCAGACAAGGCCAUCUAUCGAUGGUGGUGCAGCUCAUGAAAUAUGGCGCAGACCCGUCUUUGAUCGAUGGCGAGGGCUGCAGCUGCGUGCAUCUGGCCGCCCAGUUCGGCCACACUUCAAUCGUGGCCUACCUUAUCGCCAAAGGACAGGAUGUGGACAUGAUGGAUCAAAACGGCAUGACUCCUCUGAUGUGGGCGGCCUACAGGACACACAGUGUGGAUCCCACCCGGCUGCUACUGACCUUCAACGUCUCCGUCAACCUGGGCGACAAAUAUCACAAGAACACAGCACUGCACUGGGCCGUGCUGGCCGGCAACACCACAGUCAUCAGCCUGCUGCUGGACGCCAACGCAAACGUUGAUGCACAGAACAUCAAGGGUGAAACACCGCUGGACCUCGCCAAGCAAAGGAAGAAUGUUUGGAUGAUCAAUCACUUACAAGAAGCACGGCAGGCCAAAGGCUACGACAGCCCAUCUUACCUGAAAAGACUGAAGAUGGACAAGGAAUUCAGACAGAAGGUGAUGCUGGGAACGCCAUUCGUGGUCAUCUGGCUAGUUGGUUUCAUCGCUGACCUGGACAUCGACUCCUGGCUGAUCAAAGGCAUCAUGUACGCUGGCGUCUGGGUCGCCGUUCAGUUCCUCUCAAAGGCUUUUUUCGACCACUCCAUGCACAGCGCUCUCCCUCUGGGAAUCUACCUGGCAACCAAGUUCUGGAUGUAUACCACCUGGUUUUACUGGUUCUGGAAUGAUCUCCCGUUCGCCACCGUCCACGUGCCCUUCCUGAUCAACACCCUGGCUCUGUUCUACAACUUUGGCAAAUCCUGGAAGUCUGAUCCAGGAAUCAUCAAAGCAUCAGAGGAGCAGAAGAAAAAGACAAUUGUGGAGCUGGCAGAGACAGGCAGCCUGGAUCUGAGCAUAUUCUGCAGCACCUGCUUGAUACGGAAGCCCAUUCGGUCCAAACACUGCGCCGUGUGCAACCGCUGCAUCGCCAAGUUCGACCACCACUGUCCCUGGGUGGGGAACUGCGUGGGAAGUGGGAAUCACCGCUACUUCAUGGGUUAUCUGUUCUUCCUGCUCUGCAUGAUCUGCUGGAUGAUGUACGGCUGCAUCUCCUACUGGAGGAUCCACUGUGCCACCAGCUAUGCCAAGGAUGGUUUCUGGCUCUAUCUGACGCAGAUCGCCUCCUGCUCCCCCUGGAUGUUCUGGAUGUUCCUCAACAGCGUCUUCCACUUCAUGUGGGUGGCCGUGCUCAUCAUGUGUCAGCUCUACCAGAUCGCCGCUCUGGGAAUCACCACCAACGAGAGGAUGAACGCUCGAAGAUACAAGCACUUUAAAGUCACAGCCACGUCCAUCGAGAGUCCCUUCAACCACGGCUGCAUCAGAAACCUCAUAGAUUUCUUCGAGAUCCGCUGCUGCGGCCUCAUCCGGCCCGUGACGGUGGACUGGACCACACAGUACACAAUAGAGUACGACCAGACGUCUGGCUCGGGCUACCAGCUGGUGUAGAGGAGGACGAGGACGAGGAGGAGGAAGAUGAAAGGAGGGGCGGGGGGGAGGGAGGAGCGGAGCGUGGCCGGACGUCACCCUCCCCGCCCCUCGCCCUUCUCUCUCCCCCCCCCUGCGUCCAUAUUUGGAGCGAUGCUGUUCUCGGGAGCGCUUGCUUUCCUUUCUUUUGGACCAUCUCUCCCUCACCGAUCAAAAGACUUUGGGGAAAAAAUAAUAAUCAGCCAGGACUAGCAUGCUGUUACGGGGCGACACCACACCCACACACACACACCCCUCCCUCCACCCUCCCCCCCUCCCUCCACCCUCACCGCCACCUUUACUACUAUUACUGCUACUACUAUUACUCGACAUCAUUACUGUACCCUCACCGCCACCGCCGACCCCUCCACCUCCUCUCUUCUCCCGAGCCCUUCGGACGGUGUGUUUUCUGCUGCCAGGCACGAACGGAGAGGAGAGAGGCCGACGGACGAGAGGGAAUCACUCAAUAAAAAGCUCUUGUGUUCGUGCCGGAGACUGGGACGCUGCAGCGCCACGACGAGGCAGCGUCGUUCUCCACCCUCCCCUAUUUUAUCUCUUAUUUAUGGUGUCCCUGUCGAUGUGCCCUGUACGUAUUUGUGGUUUUCGAUUGGUUCGGGAGCUCCGAUGUUCCCACGAUUUAUUAACUGUGGUGGCCAGGGAAGCUAAAGGUGUUUUUUAUUAGUUCGUAAGUAUGAUAGAAAUAAGGGAAUGUCUUUUCGAGGUCUUGAUUUUGCACCAUGAUGAAUAUUUGAGUGGAGCUGAUGAAGAUUCGCCAACGUUGCUGAACUUAUCAGAGGAGAGCGUUGGGUUGCAGGCGGAUCCGCUGGAGAAAUCCCACUAAAGACACCGUAGACAUAGGAGCGUUUUUUGUUGUGCAGUAUUAGACGCACAGAUUGGGACUCCUCCAGCGGCGGCCACUGCAAACCCAACAGAAGAUAUCCUACAGACAAUGUGAUACAGGUGUAUUUAUUUGAAAACUAUUUAUAGAUAAAGUAACUAUGUUCUAGCGCCAUCAUUUUUACAUUUCACAGCAUUGUAGCCGAGUAGGUUUUUACGAGGAAAAACUAUGAAAGAAGUACCUGUAGCUGUUUGAACUUUACCUAUAAAACUCUAUGGACAGGUACAACGAGUGUAUUUAUUAACAGCAGCGUGGAGCGUGAGAGGAACGCCACAGAAGGACGGUUUACAAGAAAGCUUCAUUCCAUGUGUGUUUCUCUUUAGAAGCUGUAAAGUCUUAUUUGUUUCGUGUGUCUUUUUGUCUGCCUACAACAUUGCACUGAUCAUGUUUUUUUAGUUGUUUUUUUUUUUUUUUUUUUGUAUUAUUCGGCCGUUACUGAACAGAAGGCCCAGCAGCGCCGCUUCACGCUGACGCUUCCAUUGUUUACGGAGAGGAAGAGGAGACAUGGCCGCCUCCCGUCACUUCCUGUCUGGACGCCGUGCAGUCGGCCACAGCAGCAGCAGCAGGAUGGACUGAAACGUGGAGAAUGUGCAUCUGUACAUAAACGCCGUCUUUCUGUUCUCUUUUCUUCUCUUCGUCGGUGUUAGUCGAAGGUGCUCCUGGUUUUUAUUUUUGUUUUCUUUUGAGUUGGGGGAUUUUCUUCCAACCAAACAGAAUGGAGAAACUCAACUGACUAUACUUCCCAAGUGUAUGACUGUAGCUUUUAGUGAUGUCCCACACUGCUGUCUAUAGGCAUUUUAACCCCCAAAUACCCCCAAAAUUACCCCCUCCCUUCCCACCCCUGCCAAGAAACUCCACUGCAUGUACGAUGCUUGGGACCGCUGGGCUCUCGCCGUCCCCCCUCCAUCGUCGUCACCAUGGCGAUAGCCCAGCAAGCCACGUGUCUGUAUAUAGUGAAUGUUAAGUAUUUGCAAGUACUUUUCCGCAUUACGUUCAUUUGUCUGUUUCUUCUUUUGUUUCUUUUUGUUUUAAAUCAGUUUCUUUCUCUCAGAUCCAGUGUGUUUAGUGGAAGUUGUCCUUUCAGGUCGCCAGAUUUCCGGUCGGGUCCUCCCCGUGCAAGUGUGUAAUAUAUUUGAAUGUUCCAUGCUUGUGGACUCUGUGGUCAUCCAAAAGGUUUUCUGUUUCUUUUUUUUUUUUUUUUUUUACUUCUACGUCAUAUAUUGCUGGGUUUGUUAUACCACUGGAUGUACAAAUUGUAAAGCAAAGACACUAGAGAACUAAGGCAGACGCCGAUUUUUUUUUGUUUUUGUUCCGUUUUCUAAAAGCUGAAAUGUGAUCAUGCAAUAGUUUUACGGAUAGAGGGAGGUUAUAUUAUAUAACGGCCUCCAAAAAAGUUUGGGCCUCAUGUUUGCAUCAUCAGAAGGGGACGGUUAUGUCAUCAUUCCACGGUUCAGACCUCCAUCUUUACUAACCACUGAUGUCACUGCUGCCCUACAAAGACGACACAGCAGCUACUUCUCGCGUGCUUUAAAGGUCAGACGUCAUAACCUGGCUGUUUCAUAUCGGUAGCCACUUGUGUUCUAACAACAGCCUCUUGGGCGACCGUAGGUAAAUGCGGGCUUUGUUUUUUUAGGGCAGAGUUCACCAACUUCAGGCUCAUCCGGGACUUGAAGUCAAAGCAGUCCUCACUAGUUCUUCCAGCAGCCAAAAACUUCUCUCUUCUCUCCCCCUCUCACCUCACCAUGUGGGACAAUAAAAGAAGACAAAAAGGACAAAAAAAAGCACAUAAUCAUCUCCAGUGCCUCUCUGCCCACCUUCAGACAUCACUGUAACUCCGCUUCAGAUGUAAACAUACGGGCAUGGUUCAGUUUUAAUGGCUUUAAUAAUAAAAUACAGUCAAAUGUGAA